AUGCUCGCUUCGGUUUUGGCUGCCAAGGACAUUAAGAAGGCUGGGCACCGAGUGCCUCAUUUGACUGAGGAGAAGGUGGAUCGAAUCCGGUUGUCCGUGGUACGCUACAUGACCUCUCGAGGUGUAGUCUACCAACCCCAUUCGCACAAGCCUAAGCCAAUUGUUGUGUCCUCAUUGGAGCAACUUCCCCACAGCAACUCUGUUACACCAAAGACAGCAUUGGCUCUCAAUGACCAGCCUCAGCACCGAAGCCAGUCGCAAGAGCAAUCGCCUCACCAGGCGAAAUAG